AUGCCAGUGCAUAUCAUAGACUCAGAAUUUCAUCCGAAAGCUAUAGACUUCAAUGGUAAAAAGUCCAAGGUUGGAAUAGUGACAUUCUUGUCAACUCGUCAUUCUGAUAAUACAUUUGGUGACGGCAUCGACCCCGAGAAAACAGACAAACAUCUUCCUAUUCAAGAUCAUCAUAAUGAAAAAGAUGACUUUUUUAAUGCCACCCGAGUUUUAGCAUACAAACUUCUUCGUGAUCCCAAAACAAAGACUCAAAAAGAUAUUCCAUUCUUGGUCAUGGUCACAAAGACCGUUGAUCAAUGGAAGAGAGAUCAGUUGAUGGCAGACGGAGCGCAUGUGUUUGAAGUCGAUUACAUUCCUGUGCUGAAAUCAAUGCAGCGAGGUGAAAAAAGAUGGCUCGAUCAGUAUACAAAGCUACGACUUUUCGAGUUGACUAAUUUCGAUCGCAUGCUGUAUAUGGAUGCUGAUAUGUUGGUGACGAGAAGUCUCGACGGCAUUUUUGAAGACCCGGCCUCAUAUCCAAUAGCAGCACCUGAAAAUAAAGCCGAGCAUAUUCCAGAUGAAUAUCUUUUGGCAGGUGUUGACGAUGUCUAUGGUACGAAUAACCCAAUUCCACGACCUCCAUCUGAUUCUUUCAAUGCAGGCUUUUUUGUGUUCAAGCCUUCGACGGAUCUAUUUACCAAGUAUCAUUUGAUGAUGUCAAAUCCUGGUCUGUAUAACAGUAAUCAGAUGGAACAAGGACUGUUAAACUAUGUUCACAGACUGAACGGAAACUUGCCUUGGCAGCGACUGACGCCUGGUAAGUGGAGUGUCACCUGGCCCAGCUAUACUGAUUAUAAGUAUGGUGUAGCCACUUUACACGAUAAGGUCUGGUUGCCAACUCGAGACAGUCGAUUACGUGAACUGUGGAUGAAGGACUACAAAAACAUGGUAGCUGCCAAUGGUGAAGUAAGACCCAUUACUGUGGACGAGGCACUUGAAGAUCUCAAGCCUCAACACACAGCCACGCAAAUAUCAGAACCUGCUGCAAAGACUGAGGCUACAACUGUUUCUGAAUCUGUUGCACCCGAUUCUGAAGGGAAGGUUGAAAAUGAGGUGGUUCCCGAUGCCACAGCUGUUGCAGAAGCGACUGGUACUCCAGUUUCCGACGACUCUUUGGCAGCUGCAACAAAUACAGGGGCCAUAGAGAGUUCUAAACCGACAGAAAAUACGGAGGUUGAACCGACGAGUAAACCCAAUAUCGGAACAUCCUCAUCAGAUAUUCCCAGUGACGACGUUGACGACGUUAAACCAGAGAUCAUCCCGGCAGCAACUCCCGUUGCAGAAGCGUUACCGUCUUCAACUGAAGCCGAAGCUAAGACAGAUGAAGUUAAGUCAGAUGAAUUAGCUAGCAUUCAAAUUGAAGACGAUGUUACUGUUGGAACCGAUACAACGCUAGAUGACGCUACAAACGAGACUGAGUCUGAUGAGACGCCGUAUGAAGCAGAAUCAACCCCAUCCGUUAAAGUUGCCGUAGAGGGAACUGACGGCGAUAUUGUCUAA